CAAUCAUCUGAGGACAGGUUGAGAACGCAGGUUCGGGCUUGAGCGAGAGGCACGACCGUCCUCAGUCCUCGCUAGCUCGAUUCAUUCUCGAUUUCUCAUCAGUACCGCGUCAACCGCCGACUCGAUGUUAUCGUCUUGUUUUGUUUCGUUCGCUUUGUAACUUUUAUAUCGUACUUUACAAACAAAUAUAACGAAGUCUAAGUGAUUUGAAAAAUUGUAGAUGUCUAAAUAUAAUUAUUACGAAUAACGAAUUGUUAUUGUGCUGUGAAUGAGUGAAUUGAUUUUCGAAAACGUCUAUUCGAACGACGCGUGGCGGAACAUAAAAACAAACUCUCGUCUCGCGUUCCAAACCCAAUGGUCCCUGCAAUAAUUAGUUAGGUAAAAGUGAGUGUGUGUGCUGUGGACGCUUGAUGGUUCAAUUAGAAUUAGAACUAUUCUAUUAGGCUUUCGGUACUGCAGAUUGUUGUAGCGGCUCUCAGUCUGGUUCACGGAUGUUGAAGUUGGAGUCGCCGGAAGUUCGCAUGGCGUUGCCGCUGCCGGCCCGGGCGCCUGACCCAUCUACCCUCGCCGCGUACUGGGCGGAGUACGAGGAUCUAUACCGACACAUCAGCACACCACACCACAACGACGAUGAAGAAAACCAUUACGAAGAAGGCGAGUUCGAAACGGAAUGGUUGCAGGCCGCAGGGCUGGGAUCCCUCGCGGCUCCGUUCCAAGCUGGUCUGGAGGUCACCGAGGCCCAGCUGGGUGAGGCGGUGCGGCCUUUACCCAGGGAACAGGCUGCAGCCGUGAGGAGACGCGUCAGGAGGCUCAACAGGACUGUGAGGAGACGUCGCGCGGCUUCCAGGGCCAGGAAGCCCGAUAUAAGAGAUGUCUUCCGGGACUUAGAGAACUCAAGUGGUAGUGAACCGCGGUCGCGCAGCGCGACCCCCGACUCACUGGACUCUCUGCCGAGCGGCGGCUCCGGCAGCCCCCCCGCCGAGUGGGCCGACGGACCUACACCCACCGACUUCGUCGAACGGUAUCCGGGUACAGGCGCGCACAGUCCGCUGGCUCGCACGCCGUCCGCACCCGCCGCCCCGCGCCGCGCCCCUGUGUCGCCCCCCCUUCCCAUGCACGAACUCUUCAAGCCCAACGACCUGCACUGGGCGGACAUCGCGACCAACACAGAGGGAAUCGAACUGCUAGGCUAUCAACGAUACGGCACUGUCCAGGGGCCGAGAAUAGGGAAGGAACGAAUCAACGGAUCUAUACUGAAAGGCAAUGAUCCCUUCAUUAACAACAAGCACGCUAGCGUAUCUCGAGCGAAGAGUGUGGUCUCCGCGCAGCAGCCGCUCAGCUUUGAGCACAAAUUCAACUUGGACAGACAGAUGAUGAGUCACGACGAGGAUUGGCCGGAGGCGGACAGUAACGUGGACAUAGAGAGCAUAAGCGAGCCUCAACUGAAGCGCUUGCAGCCGCUACUGUGGUUGGAGCUCACGGCGAUAUUCGACAAGUACUCGCUGCCCUUCCAGAAGAGGAAGCCACCCAAAAAGAAGCGGAAGGAAGAGGGCUCCGUGUUCGGCGUGUCCUUGGAGACGCUGGUCCGCAAGGACAUGAUCCUGUGGGAGGAGACGUGCAGCGCGCCGAGCGUGCUGUGCUGCGUCACGCGCGCGCUGCGGGCUCGCGCGCACCACGAGGGGCUGCUCAGGGUCUCCGGGAACAAACAGAAGGUAUCAGAGCUGAGUCAGCUGAUAGAGCGGCAGUGGUACGAGGACCGCGGCGCGGUGGAGGCGGCCGUCUCGCUCGCCAAGGGACACGACCUCGCCGCCGUCUACAAGCGGCUGCUGCGGGCGCUGCCCCAGCCCCUACUCACGCAGGAGCUCAUGAGGCUCUUCUACCACACUUAUGCGCUGAGUGGAUCGACCCGCGGGCGCGCCCUCAACCUGCUGGUGCUGCUGCUGGGUCCGGAGGCACGCGCCACGCUGCGGGAGCUGCUGCGGCUCGCCAACGACAUCGUCGCGCACGCGCACGCCAACAAGAUGAACGAGCACAACGUCGCCAUGAUCAUCGCGCCCACGCUCUUCCCGCCCAGCCUUCUGAUCAAGCAAUCAGACAGCCUGGAGACGCAGCUCGCGACCGCCGCCAACAGCUGUCACGUUACGGAAGCCAUGAUGCGGCACUCCGAACAACUCUGGACCGUGCCGCCCUCCCUCCUCGCCGCUGCUCAGAGGAAGCCGCAAGCUCAUCGCAGAUUACAGCACACUUGAUAUACAGAACAACUAGAAUUGGACUGUUAUUGGGUUCAUUUGGUCUUGCGAAAAUGGCGUAAUUUUUAAAACUGACGCACUUUGAAUUAUUGCUGUUAAAUAGUGAAAUAUUUUUAUGACCAUUCUUUUAACUGUCAAAAAUUUUUAAUUUUCGUUUAUAACGAGACUAGCGACCCGCCCUCGCUUCGCUUCGGAAACUGUAAUUUAUUAUUGAUUUCUCCACUAUUUAAUGGAUGUUAUUAUACAUAUAAUCCUUCCUUCCUUCUUCAAUCACUCUAUCUAUUAAAAAAAACCGCAUCAAAAUCCGUUGCGUAGUUUUAAAGAUUUAAGCAUACAUAGGGAUAUAGGGACAGAGAAAGCGACUUUGUUUUAUACUAUGUAGUGAUUUACUAUAUUCCAUUAUGGUGUUCGAGAUUUUGCUGUGUUUAUUAAUUUAAUCGAAAAUUAGCAUGCUGUUUUAAGUUUUUUGUGAAGACUUUCGAAUAUUGGACAAGUCAAAAGUGAUGCUUCUGGCUUGUGUGGACCAAUUUAAUUUUAAUAUUAUUUUAGUAAGGUGCUCACACAAGUAUUAUUAUAAUCAAUUAAGUAUAAUGUUAAUCUAAAAGUGGCCUCUUGAAAUUAUGCUUUCUUGUACCUAUUUAUAUGUUUUAAGCAAAUAUUCUCAGUAAGAGAUUUAAGAACGUUAUGUAACUCAUUUUGUCGAAUUUCGUCACGCAUAACAUUUUUCAACGCCCCAAAGGAAAGCAUAAUUUCGUUGAUAUUCGGUCAUUUUGUGUGCUGUGCUUCAUUUUAUUUAUAAACAAUGUUCCGUGGUAUAAGUUAUCAAUGUAAAAAUUUCAAAAACACGACAUCACACGUCACUUAAUUAUUUGUUAAUUUUUUACGUUUAACCCUUCGAUCGUUUUACGAACAACUUUUUGAGUAGAUAGUGUGUAUGCUAUUUUAUAUUUUUGUUUCUUUUUAAUAUACACAUUGCGUAAACAUGUGAAUGAGAUGCCAAAUAAACAGUUUUAUAUAAUUUAGUUGAUAACGACUAACAUAUUUGGAAUGGGGCUGAGCCUUAAGUUACUUAGAGAUUCGGUGCCAUUGUUUGGUUGUUUUUGCAAAAAGUUACCGUUAUAAAAAUUUCAAUUUGGCGGCGUUGAUGCUUAACGUGUCUAGGUUUUUUUUAAAUUUAUGAUUUCUGAAAAUUUUGUUUAAAAAUUUCUACUCGCUCUCACAAGAUGUUAUGAUAAUUGAGAACUUCACAAGUAGUAUUUUUUAUUGGUCAUUCAGAAUUCAAAUAUCAAUUUAAGCAAUCUAAUAGAGUCAGCAGUCAUACUCAUAGUUGAAUUUAGUUGAUUACUACAUCAUCGUCGCCAAAAUAAAUGGUUGUUUCGACUUGGUGCCUUCAUAUGAUAUUAUAUACUCUACAUCACAAUGUAAAUAAAUUUUGUUAAGUGUGAAUUGUAUAACACGAUAUAUUUUGAACGAUUUAUGUAUAAAAUUUUACCAAUACUUUGACUAGGCAUGCAAAGACUGACUUGGUGUAUUAUUGAUAAAAAUAUAUUAUAAUAAAUAUAAGUGUAUUCGCCUUUGGUAAUAAAAUAAAGACAUAUUAUUUGAA